GUCAAAGGUUUCAAAACAGGCUUGCUGGCUUGGAUGCAGCAUUAUUUGAAAGCACUCACAAAAAAGAGGAAACAAUGACGCUGUCCUCUUCUUCCUCCGCCAUUCACCCCGACGCCCUCAAGGGCCUCAUCACUCUGCGUGAGGCAGGUGUCUUUCACAACAAACUCAGUGUGGACAUCGACAAUCAGCACUGUGCCGACGCCUGGAGUCCCUUGGUCCAAUGCGAUGACGAAACAGGAUUGGUAGUAGCACUCGAUUUGGGAGGUUGUCGACUCCGCAAGGGAAUCCCUCAUGGUGAUGGAGUGCCCGAAGUUCUGUCGUCCGUACAGACACUCAAUCUGGGUGGAACCGAUUUGCCCAUUUCCGCAGAAGUGAUUAUUCUGAAAGAAUUAGUCUUGUUGGAGACGCUCCAUUUGGGUGGCAAUGGUCUCCGUGAUGCCGGAACGACGGUGGUGGCGCAGGAAUAUUUACCAACGGCACUCAGUCUCAAGUGUUUGGACUUGAGAUAUAAUGAUAUUCGACCGGAAGGAUGCCAAGCGUUGUGUCAAGGUCUCGCGACCCUUUUACAAAAAGACACGGAUACUGGAUUGGUAAAACUGUUUUUGGAAGGCAACUCGAUUACGGAUCAAGGAGCCGUGGCAUUGGCCCAAUGGCUCAAACUAGAUGGCAAUCCACUGCAAGAACUCUUUUUGGGAUCCAACAGUAUCGGACCAGAUGGAGCCACGGCAUUGGCCGAAGCUCUCCAAACCAACAAAACCAUUUCAAAGAUUUUCUUGGAAGGCAAUCGUAUUGGACCAGUGGGUGCCGAUGCCUUUACCAAAGUCUUGACGGAAUGCAAGGGAGAGACUGCAGUGAAACAUUUGUAUUGCGACAAUAACGAUAUUGGAAAGGAGGCUUCCAAACGAUUGGCCAAGGCGCUCAACAGUGCCACAACCGUUGGAGAUUCUUUGUUGGAAGAGGAAUAGAACCACAAAUGCAAAACGGACAAAUUUUUUGUGGCUACGGUUGCAACAAUGACAAUGAGAUUUCAAUACUGACACAACAUUGCAUGCUCUUUGUGGUUGGCAUGGCUAGCUAAAAAAUGAAUUCAAUCAUUCGCGCGAUGGACAAUCAAAAUUAACGUUGAUCUUAGAAUACAAUGAUCCUUCUACAAUCUAUUUAGUAAGACUGCUGUAUACUUGCCGCUUGAA